AUGAACCAGCGAAGCGCUCAAGCAAGAACCGCCCGAAAGGAACCAUUGAAACCAAACCGUACUUCCGGCGAUCGCAUUGAAGAUGCCACGGACCCAUCGCAGCAUCCGCAUCCAGCAAGACAACGCAAGUCCGCAUCGAUCUAUGACUACCGAAGCCAUUCAGCGGCGCUGUGA